AUGAACAGCCAGGACCGCGUCCGCGCGACCACCUCUCAACCGGAUCUCGCAGCCAUCCAGGAUGCCCAACGAGUGCUAGUAGAAGAAGGCAUGAAGAUUCGCGAGCAAGUUCUUGGCGCUAGCUACGUCCGUAACGCUCAAUCAUUACCAGAGUUCGAACAGCCACUGCAAGACAUGGCUGUCGCUGCCGGAUGGGCACUCUGCUGGUCGAGACCUGGUCUCGAACGAAAGACGCGAUCCCUCAUCUGUAUCGCCGUCCUGAGUGCCCUGGGGCGAGACGAGGAGUUAAAAGUCCAUAUCCGUGGCGCACUUAGCAACGGUUGCACGGAGGACGAAAUCCGCGAAGUUCUAUUUCAGCUUUCGGUCUACGCGGGAGCGCCCUGCGCCAUCAACGCUACUCGGAUUGCUUCUCGUGUGCUUGGGAAGAGGGAAUAA